CACUAACAACCGGCAGUUAUUGACUAGUUUGACACCCUUGGUUUCACAAGUCAAAACUCAAACUUCCUUGUCUUCUACCUCUCUCACUCCUCGUUCCCUCCGACCGAUCAACACUCGCAUUCUCCUUUGAACUCGAUCCUCUCUCUCUUUUCAAUUUCAGAUUCUUCAAUCAUAUCCCUCUUUAAUGGCGUCAAUCUCACACGCGAUCACCACCACCACCAACCCCUACCUUCCUCACCUAACUCCAACCCGCUCCCGCACACUCCGAUUCUUCCACUCCUCCAGUUCCCCUCUGCCACCCGCCAAGAAAGCCGGCGUCUCCGCCAAACUAACCGCCCGAAGCUCCUCCUCCGCCGCCGUUGAUUUCAGCGACCCUGAUUGGAAAACCAAGUUCCAGCAGGAUUUUGAGGCCCGUUUCCGCCUUCCACAUAUCACUGAAACGUUCCCAGAUGUCGCUCCUAUUCCUUCCACGUUUUGUCUCAAAAUGAGAACUCCGAUUAAUAAUGAUCUUCCUGGUCAUUAUAUCUCCGAUGAGGAGUGGCAUGGCUACAUUAAUAACAAUGACCGAGUGCUUCUUAAGACAAUAUACUAUUCAUCACCUACAUCUGCUGGUGCUGAGUGCAUUGAUCCCAAUUGUACUUGGGUGGAACAGUGGGUUCAUCGAGCUGGGCCUCGGGAAAAGAUAUACUUUAAACCGGAAGAAGUGAAGGCAGCAAUUGUUACUUGUGGAGGGCUAUGCCCUGGUCUUAAUGAUGUUAUCAGACAGAUUGUAAUCACACUCGAAAUAUAUGGUGUAAAAAAGAUUGUGGGGAUUCCUUUUGGUUACCGGGGAUUUUCUGACCAAGAAUUGACUGAAGUGCCGCUGUCAAGGAAAGUGGUCCAGAAUAUUCAUCUUUCUGGUGGAAGCCUGUUGGGAGUUUCACGAGGAGGACCUGGAGUUAGUGCUAUUGUGGACAGUUUGGAGGAAAGAGGGAUCAACAUGCUUUUUGUACUGGGUGGAAAUGGCACACAUGCUGGUGCAAAUGCAGUUCACAAUGAGUGCCGCAAAAGACGGCUUAAGGUAUCUGUAAUUGGAGUUCCUAAAACUAUUGACAACGAUAUUCUACUGAUGGACAAAACUUUUGGCUUUGAUACUGCUGUUGAAGAAGCACAGAGAGCAAUCAACUCUGCAUAUAUUGAGGCACAUAGCGCGUAUCAUGGAAUUGGGAUUGUGAAAUUGAUGGGCCGUAGUAGUGGAUAUAUAGCAAUGCAGGCAUCCCUAUCUAGUGGCCAAGUUGACAUAUGUCUGAUUCCUGAGGUGCCUUUUAAUUUACAUGGACCUCACGGAGUAUUGAAUCAUCUGAAGUACCUUUUAGAAAUGAAAGGAUCAGCUGUGGUCUGUGUGGCAGAGGGAGCUGGACAGGAUUUACUUCAAAAGACUAAUGCUACAGAUGCUUCAGGAAAUACUGUAUUUGGAGAUAUUGGUGUAUAUAUUCAACAAGAGACAAAAAAAUAUUUCAAGGAGAUUGGUGUUCAUGCUGAUGUAAAAUAUAUUGAUCCAACAUAUAUGAUCCGUGCAUGUCGAGCAAAUGCAUCCGAUGGAAUUUUAUGCACUGUACUUGGACAAAAUGCGGUUCAUGGUGCAUUUGCAGGAUACAGUGGCAUUACAGUAGGCUUAUGCAACACUCACUAUGCUUAUUUUCCCAUCCCAGAAGUAAUAUCUCAUCCCAGAUUGGUGGACCCUAACAGUCGAAUGUGGCAUCGUUGCUUAACUUCAACAGGGCAACCUGACUUCAUUUGAUAAAUAUUUACCCUUUCCAAUAAUCUCAAGAGGCUUAGGAAUUCAAACCUACUAGAGAGUAUAUCAUAGGAAGACAUCUUAAAAGCAUGUCUGGCCAGUCUGCCAAACAUGCAUUUUGUGAAAAUAAUACAAAGGAUGACAUUUACUCCUUCUUCUAAAAAUUGGUCAUCUGUGUAUAGCAUAGCAUGGCAGUUCCAUUGUCCUGCCAAUUGCAUUCGAAUUAAAAUCUUAGAGAAAUUGCUAAGCACCAUGUGCUAGAUUUUGAUCUAUUGUUUAUGACAUUCAUUCAAGGGACAAUUUUUAAUGCGUAUUUACAGAUGAACUGUAUUGCGUUUGAAUCUCAUGCCCCCAUCUAAUGGUUAAUAGUAAUAGUUCUCAUUUGUUAAAAUGAGCACUAGUUGUCACUUGAUACA